AAAAAAAAAAAAUCCUGUGGCGUUAGCAUUGGUGUGAAUUCCCUGGGCUGUUAGUUGUAUGAGGGCAGUGGUUUAAGUGGCUCUGUCACUGAGGAAGCUCCAGUGCCUGGCACAGAGGAGGCCUAAAGUAAAUAUUCUCGGACUGUCCCAGGGCCUAAGGGCCCUUGGAAGUCACUAGUGAAUAUACUCUUUCCUUUGACAUUUGGAAAAACAGGGCCACGAGGGGAAGGGACUUGUCCAAGGUCACACAGGGAUUGAGUGGCUGAGUCAGGAUGAGAACCCCACAGAAACGGCAGAGCCAGCACUGUGCCAGAGCCAACACCUGGCAUCCAUGGCUUUGUUUUGCUUCCACAGGAGCCCAAGAGGCAGCUAUUUUAAUCCUCUGAUUCCAAAGAGGAAACAAGCUCAGAGAGGCUGAGGGACUCUUGCAGAAUCACACAGCAGGUGAAUUCCAGACCCGAAAUUUCAUCCUCACAUAAAAAUGAGGCUUCUGGCUUCUCUUGAAACAGCCUGCUGGAGAUUAGUGGAGGAUGUCCACCCCCCAGGGCAGCAGCCUUCUCCAGUUCUCCAGGCUCACCGCCUGGCUGGCUUCCCUCCAGGCUGGAUCUUCCUAGGCCCCAUGGGCAUUUGUGUGGGUGAGCCCGUCGGGGCAGGGAGCCUGUCUGCUUCAUUUUCUGUGUGCCCCAACACGUAGAAUGCCUGGGUCGCAUUGAGGCUGGCAUAUAGUAAGCACUGAGUGAAAUCUGUGAGAUGGGGGUAACCCAGGGCUCUCCCUAUCCAUAAGCGCAUUUUCCAGCACAUCCCUGCAGCCUGGUCUGUUUUGCCCCAGGGGUGUUAUGGGAACCUUUGACAGUGUGUAUCCUUGGAGAGCAGUCUGGGGCUGGCAAGCCUUGGUUAAGGAGGGAGGUGAGCAGGGCUGACCCUGAGUUGAGGAAUAUGAAUUGGGAGGGGUGGGGAAGUGGAGGGGAGGGGAAGGGAGGAAGGAGUGGCUCAGGCUGACAGAGGCAUUCCCACUGGAGCCCUGGAGAUCGCCCUUCUGAGGUUUAGCCAACCCAGAAGCCUCCUAAACCUCCUGUAAGACAUGUCCAGGCCAGACCGCAUGCCAUUUGGAUCACCUGCUAAUUCGGUUCACCUUGUGCCCUCCUGCUCUCCAGGGCUGAGCUGCUGGAGUUGAGGCCCCUUCCCCUGGGGCUGUCACUUCUUAGCUACGUCUCUUGGGCUUGUGGGUAAGCACCAAUUUGCACGGCUGUGUGAAUUCAAAACAGUUACUCUGAAUGGUCUUUGCUAAGAGCAGUUUAAUGAUUAAGUAAGGUCAGUGUCCUUGGAAGUCCAAACUCUAGCCAAAUUUCCCUGGUCUACACCCCCAGGGAUAAGGUAAAUGUUUAAGAACACAGUGAAAUUCCUGAGGCCUCCAAAUCCAAUGGAACUAGCUGUUGAGGGCUAAAAGAAGAGAGUUUUUUAGAAAACUCCAAAUCUCUCAGGCUGGGGAUAUUUCAAAGACUACUACUAUUAUUAAUAAUAAUUGCAAUAAUUUGUUGAGUCCCUAAAUGAAGCCAAACUUUGUUCUAUUAAAUUUAAUCUUUGCGGCAACCUAUGAGGUAGAUAAUGUUGUCAUUCCCAUGAGAGAGCUAAGAAUUAGAGAAAGUGAGUCACUUGUCUAAGGUCACACAGCUAGCAUGUUAUGGAAUCAGGAGUCAAACCUGGUUUGUCUGAAGCUGAAGUCCAUCUCUGCGCUUUUAUAGUGUCUUCUUCUUCCUUUAUUCCUAACCUCCUUCCAUUCUAGUUCCCACUGAGUAGUGGACAGGAGCCACCGAAGUUUGCCUGACACCAUCAGGCAGGCCCUACCAUCAACCAGGCCCUAGUCACCUGGCUUUACCUUUGCCUUGCUGUGUGAUCUCAGCUCCCUGCCAAGGCCCACAGCCAUGGCCAUGGCCCAGAAGCUCAGCCACCUCCUGCCAAGUCUGCGGCAGGUCAUCCAGGAGCCUCAGCUAUCUCUGCAGCCAGAGCCUGUCUUCACGGUGAACCGAGCUGAGGUGCCACCGCUCUUCUGGAAGCCGUACAUCUAUGCGGGCUACCGGCCGCUGCAUCAGACCUGGCGCUUCUACUUCCGCACACUGUUCCAGCAGCACAACGAGGCCGUGAAUGUCUGGACCCACCUGCUGGCGGCCCUGGUGCUGCUGCUGCGACUGGCCCUCUUUGUGGAGACUGUGGACUUCUGGGGAGACCCACACGCCCUGCCCCUCUUCAUCAUUGUCCUUGCCUCUUUCACCUAUCUCUCCUUCAGUGCCUUGGCUCAUCUCCUGCAGGCCAAGUCCGAGUUCUGGCAUUACAGCUUCUUCUUCCUGGACUACGUGGGGGUGGCCGUGUACCAGUUUGGCAGUGCCUUGGCACACUUCUACUAUGCUAUCGAGCCCUCCUGGCAUGCCCGGGUGCAGGCCGUUUUUCUGCCCAUGGCUGCCUUUCUCGCCUGGCUUUCCUGCACUGGCUCCUGUUAUAACAAAUACAUCCAGAAACCAGGCCUGCUGGGCCGCACAUGCCAGGAAGUGCCCUCCGCCCUGGCCUACGCACUGGACAUCAGUCCUGUGGUGCAUCGUAUCUUCGUGUCCUCCGACCCUGCCAUAGAUGACCCAGCUCUUCUCUACCACAAGUGCCAGGUGGUCUUCUUUCUGCUGGCUGCUGCCUUCUUCUCUACCUUCAUGCCCGAGCGCUGGUUCCCUGGCAGCUGCCAUGUCUUCGGGCAGGGCCACCAACUUUUCCACAUCUUCUUGGUGCUGUGCACGCUGGCUCAGCUGGAGGCUGUGGCACUGGACUAUGAGGCCCGACGGCCCAUCUAUGAGCCUCUGCACACGCACUGGCCUCACAACUUUUCUGGUCUCUUCCUGCUCACGGUGGGCAGCAGCGUCCUCACCGCGUUCCUCCUGAGCCAGCUGGUACAGCGCAAACUUGAUCAGAAGACCAAGUGAAGGGGGGUGGCAUCUAGUAGGGAGGGAGGUAUUGUGGGGGUACAGGGGUCUGGGCUUGGCUCCAGGUGGGAACAAGUCCUGGUAAAAUUGUUUGUGUCUGGCCCACAGUGACUCUCUGUGCACCACUCAAGGGUGUCACUGGCCAAUUCUUGGAUUUACCGAUUGGCUGGGAGUUGCUGGGGUCCACUUCUGGGCCUGCCCCAGCUCCUUGUCCAGGGAGAGGGAAAGAGUUAAAGGUGUGGGCCACUCCAGCUUGCCCCUCCACUGCUACUCACUGGGGUGAGGCUGGGGAUCAGCUUGGUGAGGAUUGGGGCUUCUAGAUUGUCUAGGCAGGAGGUGAAACUUAGGCCAGAGUCACAUUUGAGCUGAGCCAGGAUAGGCCUUGGCAACCCACUUCUACUCAGAUUUCAUUGCUGGAUGCGGAAGGGGCAGGCCCAAAAUAUAUGCAGGAUCUUACUGUCCCUUGAAGUCCAGCCACAAGUGUUGGCGCUGCAGAGAGACCCCAAAGGUAGUAGAUUGUGACAGACAGAAAUGGGUCCCAUCCAGUGCUUCAUACCCCUUCAGUCACCAUCCCAGACAGUGAGCCCCAGAUCUUCUAGCUCUGGCUUCUGUGUCCCACACAGCCUGUUCCCAGCUUCUUUCCUGGUCCCCUUGUUAAGGAUUCAUUUAUCCAGUGUUGAAUGGAUAAGUGGCCUGGGCCUCUGCUCAGAGGCAGGUCACCGCUGGGCCCUGAGGAUCAAUGCAAGAUGAUAAAGACUUUUUUUUUUUUUUUUUUUUUGAGAAGGAGUUUUGCUCUUGUUGGCUAGGCUGGAGUGCAAUGGCGCAAUAUUGGCUCACUGCAACCUCUGCCUCCUGGGUUCAAGUGAUUUUCCUGCCUCAGCCUCCCGAGUAGCUGGAAUUACUGGCAUGUACCACCAUGCCUGGCUAAUUUUCUGUAUUUUUAGUAGAGAUAGGGUUUCUCCAUGUUGGUCAGGCUGGUCGCAAACUCCUGACAUCAGGUGAUCCGCCCGCCUUGGCCUCCCAAAGUGCUGGGAUUAGAGGCAUGAGCCACCGUGCCUGGCGGACAAAGGCUUUGAUACCAGAAUGAACUGUCAAGGGAAGUGCUGAGGAGGGAUUAACCUGUGCUGCCUGGGACCCUCAGGGUCUUGGGUUGGGGAGUGUGAAUAGGAGUUUGCAGAUGGAGAAUAGGAAGGGCAUUCCAGGCAGAGGGAAACUUGUGCAGAGACCCAGAGGUGCAGAAGGAAAAGUGGGGCUGGGGCUGGGGUGGUCUGGAUUAUGGCCUGGAUGCAAUAAAGUGACUGUGACAGUAGCCACCUCUUUGUUUUUUGUCUCCUGUUCAGGGAGGGACCCCUGCUCACAUUACUGGAGGAGGUUUUCGGAGGAAGUUGGGGCCCCUGGGAGUGGACAUAGGGUGAAGGGAGCAGUUCUUGUUUUAUCUUUGCUGGGGGAUGGGGUUGGGGCCUUAUAUACCAUAUCUAUAUAUACAAAAUUUGUUUGGUAAGGGAGUAGGGGGCAGUUUUAUUACUAAAGUUUUAGAAGUAGUUAUAAUGUGUUUAAAAUAUAUAUAAUCCCACUUUAUAAUCUGA